AUGGCACCUCACAAGAGACAGGAAGAGAAGGAAGAGGUCAUCAGCCUUGGACCUCAGGUGGCCAAAGGAGAAAAUGUGUUUGGUGUCAGCCACAUCUUCGCAUCUCUCAAUGAUAGCUUUGCCUAUGUCAUUGACCUUUCUGGCAAGGAAACCAUCUGCCGUGUGACCAGUGAGAUGAAAGUGAAUGCUGACCAAGAUGAAGCCUCGUCACACACUGCCAUGCAGGCUGCCCAGGAGUGGCCCAGAGGUGACAAGGAUCUGAGCUUCACUGCCCUACAUACUAAACUCCAGGCCUUGAGGGUAACAGGACAAGAACCCUUGCCCUGGGGCCCAGUCACCCGUUCAGCUAGGAAGUUUGGGCGGAUUGAGGAUGUCACCUCCAUCCCAUCUGACAGCACCCACAGGAAGGGGAGUCUCCGUCUGUGA